GGACACUGAACGAUCGACGUCUUUAAGGAAACACAAUCCGAAAUUGAAGCUCACUCCAAAUCCACAUGAACCCUAAUUCUUAAGGUAUACAGAUCGCAAUGGCUAGAGUGCAUCCGGGGAAUAUGAACUCCAGAGUGCCCGAUGAUUAUAGAACUACUUCUGAUCACCUAGAUGAUCAACCUCGUAAUCACGAUUUUGAAAAAAAAGCAAGGGAUGCGGCUACCCCUCGUGGUGGCGGUCGUGCAGGCGUUGGUCGUGGUGGUGGACGAAGUGAGUAUAUCAAGUGUUGUUAUGGUUGCGGUGAACCUGGUCAUAUUGUACGCGAUUGUCCGACGGCUGGAUCUUCUGCUAGGAGUUAUGGGAGGAGGGGAAGCCAAGCUUCUGGCAAUGAUCCAUCAAAAGUCGGUGUCUUAGAGAUUACUUCUGGGACUGCCAAGUUUAGAACAAAACCACUGAUCACAUCAACUGAAAUUUCAACAAAUUCAGAACCAGUAAAGCCCUUUCUUGAUGAGUUGUCUUCGAAGAAUGUUGAUACAAGUCCGCUACUAGCAAAGAUAGAACAGAAAGAAAAUGAACUAAUAUUGCGUGGCCAAGAAAUUGAGGGUCUGAACAGGCAGUUGAUGGAAGUUACUACGGAGUUACGUUGUACUCGAGUCAAGAAUGAGGAAAUGAUCCUAAACGUGAGCAAGCUUCAAAAGGAUUUAGAAAAAUACAGACAGGAUUUAUCAUCUGCAAGAAACAAGGAAGCAGAGAUGAGUAGGAAGUGUUGGCAUAUGAAGAACGAGUUUGAAGAAACUAAAGAUGAGUUAUAUGAGAAGAUAACAGAGCUUGAAGAAUGUAAAGAUCGGAUGUAUGAGAAGAUAACAGAGCUUGAAGAGACAAAUGAUGCUGAAAUGAUGAAGCUGAAGCUAGAGACAGAGCAAUGGAGGAAAGCAGCAAAAGCUAUAGCUUCAGUUUUGGGCGGAGGUGCAGAGGUAUGUUCGAAGACACCAGAACUGGAAUCCCUUGUUCUAUAUUAUAGCAACCGUGCUGCUAAAAGGAUGUCACUUGGAAAGAUGAGGAAAGCUGUCAAUGACUGCAGAAUGGCAACUCUAUUAGAUCCAAGCUUUCUUAGGGUCUGCCUAACAGCUGGGAACUGUCAUCUGGCUCUUGGAGAAAUGGAUGGUGCACUGUACAAUUACAAAAAGUGCUUGGAGUCUGGAGUAAUUUGCUUGGAUAGAAGGCUUGCCAUUGAGGCAUCUGAUGGCCUACAAAAUGCUGAGAAAGUGGUUAAUUAUGUCAACCAGUCUGCUGAACUUUUGGAACAGAAAACUUUGGAGUCAGCUACUAAAGCCUUGGAAGUUAUUACGGAGGCCUUGUCAAUAAGCUGCUACUCUGAGAAACUACUUGAAAUGAAAGGGGAGGCUCUCUUUAUGCUGCGGAAGUAUGAAGAGGUGGUUCAAAUGUGUGAACAAACACUUGCUUUUGCUGAAAAGAAUUAUGCCACCAUAAGUGAUAGUAAUCACACGUCAAAUGAGGAGGAGCAAAAGCGGCUGUUGAAGCUUUGGAGAUGGAAUUUGAUGUCUAGGUCUUACUUUCAUAUGGCUAGGUUUGAUAAGGCCCUUGCCAUCCUUGAGAAACAUGAGAAAUUAGCACCAGCUGAAACCAAGACCGAAGCACCAUCCGCUCUUUCAGCUGCCACUGUCUCUGAACUUCUUCGCUUAAAGAGUGCAGGAAAUGAAGCUUAUCAAGCUGGGAGACAUAGAGAAGCAGUGAGGCAUUAUAGUAAUGCGCUAUUGCGGAGUGUUGAAUGUAGGCCUUUCGCUGCUAUCUGCUUAGGCAAUCGUGCUGCUGCUCACCAAGCUUUGGGUGAAGUUGUUGAUGCCAUUGCAGAUUGCAAUCUUGCCAUAGCUCUUGAUGAUAAUUACCUCAAGGCAAUUUCUAGGAGGGCUAAUCUACAUGAGAAGAUAAGAGACUAUGAGCAUGCAGCCCUUGAUCUUCAAAGACUAAUUUCUCUUCUUGAAAAGCAGUGUGAAGCCAAGUAUGUGGAAGAAUUGAGAAUAGCUCGUCAGCGCCUUUCAUCCAUCAAUAGAUACAUGAAGAAAGAAAUGACGUUGGAUCUUUACCUCAUCUUGGGACUAAAAGGGUCAGAAUCUGGUGCAGAAAUUAAAAAAGCAUAUCAUAAAGCUGCACUCAGACAUCAUCCAGACAAGGCGGGUAAGUUUUUAGUAAGAAGCGAGAGUGGAGCAGAUAGCCAUGUUUGGAACGAGAUUUUCACAACCAUCCAUGAAGAUGCCGACAAGCUUUUUAAGAUAAUUGGGGAGGCUUAUGCUGUACUAUCCGAUGCCAACAAGAGAUUUAAGUAUAAUCUUGAAGACGCGAUGAAGGAUGAUUUUGGGUGGUAAGUCGAAACUAGCGUCAUAUAUUGCCAUUUUGGAGCUUUACCUGGGUGGGCAGUUGGCCUCAAUCUUUGGCUGAGGGAAGAAGGAACACCCUCAGGGCUUCAACUGAAAUUCCCAGGCCAAGCUUAUUGUGAGUAAAAGUGAAUUCUAUUUUCUUGCUUAUUUUUCAUUUCUGCCCCAACUUUUUACGGGCAGAUAGUUUAGUGCRGUUUCUUGCAAAUAACACAACUUCUAAAAUAUGAUGGUAUGUGAUUACAAACCUCAUCAAAUGACCACAACUGUAUAUACUUCUUGACCUUUGAGAUCUUUUCUUUUAGUCAUAAGGACAUGAUUCUAAGGUA